CUGACCUUCAGAAGUACCAAAGAGCGAGUCUAUAUCUAAAGGGUGUGGCCCAACCAGCUCCAUUUCCCCACCCUAACAGCUGGUGGGAUAAGGAGUUCCUGAUGAGAGACAUUAACAAAUUGAUAAUAUUGUUUUAACUAGUUUGUCUUGUAGUGUUGAGUAUGGCCGAAAAAGAUGAAAAAACUCCGUUGCUUGUAGAUACGAAGAGAUCUAGAUCAUCUGUGGAUGGAUGUUGCACAAAAUCACUGAGGAAAGAUCUGAAUAACUUCCUUUGCAUAAAUAAUGUGGAUGAUACUUACUCUAUAGAGGUAAGCAAAGAAGAAUGCCAGGAAGGAAACCUACAUUGUCAUUCAGCCUUUGAACAUGGAGAUAAAGAGCAGGAGAAAAAACGGGCUCGGCGAAAACUAUACAUUGCAAGUGUCAUUUGUCUUCUCUUUAUGCUGGGAGAAGUGGUGGGUGGCUACCUUGCACAUAGUCUUGCUAUCAUGACCGAUGCAGCUCAUUUAUUGACAGAUUUUGCCAGCAUGAUGAUCAGCCUGUUUUCAUUGUGGAUGUCCUCACGACCAGCAACCAAAACUAUGAACUUUGGCUGGCAUCGAGCAGAAAUUUUGGGAGCCCUAAUGUCAGUGUUGUCUAUCUGGGUUGUGACUGGUGUCCUGGUGUAUUUGGCCACUGAAAGGAUCAGCAACAACUUUGAGAUAGAAGGCAGUGUUAUGUUGGUCACCUCUGGAUGCGCCGUCGCUGUUAAUGUCCUAAUGGUGUUCACUCUUCAGGACUUUGAUCAGAGUCGUAAACGCACCUAUGAUCAAGAUGGGAGCCCAUCUAUUCAGAGCAGUAACCAAAAUGCUAGUGUCCGUGCAGCAUUCAUACAUGUGAUUGGAGACCUUGUACAGAGUGUUGGGGUGUUAGUAGCUGCAUUUUUAAUAUUUUUUAAGCCAGAAUACAAGAUAGCAGAUCCAAUUUGUACAUUUUUAUUCUCCGUCCUGGUUCUGAUAACAACAAUGACUAUUCUCAGAGAUGUCCUCAGAGUUCUUAUGGAAGGCACACCUCAAGGGGUAGAAUUCAAUGAAGUCAGAGAUACAUUAUUAUCCGUAAAAGGAGUGAAAGCUAUGCAUGGCUUGCACAUUUGGGCUCUAACAAUGAAUCAGCCAGUGCUGUCUGUUCAUGUUACCAUCGACCAAGAUGCAGAUGCCCAGGUAGUGUUGAAGGAGGCCAGCAGCCUGUUGCAGAGACAGUUUGAUUUCCAUACUACUACAAUACAGAUUGAAAUUUACUCUGAUGGAAUAGUAAAGUGCAGAAACUGCCAGGAUCCCUGUGACUAGAGCUUUGAUAUCUCAUGUGCCUUAAGUCUGACUCUAAGCCCAGACAAAAAGUUUGUUUGCAACAGCAUUGUCAAAAUGUUGCUUGGAAAUUCUUUUUUACCAUUCUUGCUGAAUCGGACUUGGUGGUGGUGUGGAUCUUUGCAGUUAAACUUAGUGGCGCUCUUUGAAAUAAGUCAUUUGUUAACCUGUAAUGGUAUACUUAUUUUUGUGGGGUGGGAAGGGUAGAGCUAUUUUUCAUUCUGUUACAACAGAAUUAAAUGUAAUCACCAUGAUCUCAUCUGUGGAAAAUGUGUUUUGUCAGCUUGUCUUGGAUAAUAUGUGAAUCAGUGAUUGUUUUUCUUGCAGUGACAACAGAAGCAAAUGGUUCUGAGCAAUAAAUAAAUAAAUAAAUUAAUUAAUUAAUUAAUUAAUUAAAAUAAAUAAAGCAAAAUCAUUGUGCGAGUAUGCACCAAAAAAAUUUAUGAACACAGAAGUAGUUAACCCUAAGUUGCAAAACAACACAAUAAAUCAGGUUAAAUGCUUAAAAAUUGUUAAAAUCCUCCUGCCACACAAUUGGAGAUGAGGGAAUGGUGCAAAAUGCAUACCCUAUCUAAGACUGGGGAGUAGCAUAUGCAUAUUGUAAUUAUCAGAUAUCCAGUUCUCAAAAGGAUUUGGUAACAUUAGACUGUGAUAGCUACACUGUGCAUCAUCCGAUAAUGGAGCUGUUUGUGUCAUUCAGUCUCUAGGUUAAUGACUUUUCCUAUGCUGUGUUUAUGUGAGGGUGUUUAUAUAUUUUGUGGGUUAACCUGAUAUGCAUUUCUGUAUGUGAAUAAUGCAUGUAUGUAUAUCUGUAUUUAUAUUGCAUUUAGCCAACAGAGGAUGUGAUUGUAUGAUGAAAUAAUUCUGUUGCACUCUGCUGUAAUAAUGGAGGCCUUUCUGUUCCUUAAGAGCAGUGGGCUUCAUACUUUUAUACUUGGGACUUACCCACUCAUUAGGCUGUUGAGAACUUUCCUGAACAUGUCAUUUCUUAAAAUGGGUAACUCAUUUUGAACUGUUGCAUUUUAUGAUUAAACCAGUCUGUAUCAUA